AUGGCGGAGGGUCUUGGAGCUCUGUUAGAGGCAAGCUUGGACCCCAGACAAAACAAGGCUGCCGAGAUUACUCUUCGUCAGGAAGAACAGAAGCCCGGUUUCUCGCUACAGCUUCUUCACAUCACCGCAUCGGAGACCACACCUUACAACACACGUCUUGCUAGUGCUCUAUGCUUCAAGAAUUUCAUCAAGCGCAACUGGACGGACGAAGAUGGAAAUUACAAGCUGCAGCUGGAUGAGGUUACAACUCUCAAGCGCGAGCUGAUCUCCUUGAUGAUCUCGGUUCCGCCGGGAAUUCAGAGCCAGUUGGGCGAGGCCGUUAGUGUGAUCGCCGACAGUGACUUCUGGGAGCGAUGGGAUACUCUGGUUGAUGAUCUCGUCUCGAAGCUGUCACCGGGCAACCCCACUGUCAACAUUGGUGUGCUGCAAGUCGCACACUCCAUUUUCAAGAGAUGGAGACCUUUGUUCCAGUCCGAUGCGCUCUACACCGAGAUCAACCACGUUCUUGGCAAGUUCGGUACUCCGUUCCUGGCCCUGUUUGAGGCGCUGGACAACUACCUUGAGCAAAACAAGACCGACAAAGAGAACCUAACCCAAGGGUUCACUCAGCUCAACCUGAUGGUCAAGCUGUUUUACGACCUUUCCUCCCACGAUCUCCCUCCCAUGUUCGAAGACAACAUUCCCGGAAUUACGACAAUCUUCCUCAAAUACUUGACCUACGAUAACCAAUUACUCCACACCGACGAGGAGACGGAGGCUGGUCUGUUAGAAUAUGUUCGCGCUGGUAUCUUUGAGGCUUUGACCCUCUACGUGCAGAAGUACAUGGAUGUGUUCCAGCCUCACGUUGGACAGUUCAUUGGGAGCUCAUGGAACUUCCUCACAACCAUUGGCCAGGAGACCAAGUAUGAUAUUUUGGUCAGCCGGGCACUGCACUUCUUGACAUCUGUCGCAGGCAUGCCCGAGCAUGCUGCUGCUUUCCAAGCCGAGGAAACCUUGGGCCAGAUCGUUGAAAAGGUCAUUUUGCCGAACGUUAGCCUCCGCGAGUCCGACGAAGAACUCUUCGAGGAUGAGCCGAUUGAGUUCAUUCGACGGGACUUGGAAGGGUCUGACAGCGAGACCAGACGCCGAGCUGCCACUGAUUUCCUCCGCAAGCUGGCAGAAAAAUUCGAAGAGUCAGUGACCCAGGUUGUCCUCAAGUAUACCCAGCACUAUCUGGCCGAGUAUGCCAAGGAUUCAUCCAACUGGAAGGCCAAGGACACAGCGACGUACCUUUACUCCGCUAUCGCUGCCAAGGGCACUGCGACCGCCUCGCACGGUGUGACUGCCACUAACCAGUUGGUCAGCAUCACGAAUUACUUCCAGCAGAACCUCGCCGCGGAUCUUAUCAACGAGGGUGGCGUCCACCCUAUCCUGAAGGUCGACGCUAUCAAGUAUCUGUACACUUUCCGCAGUAUCAUUACCAAGGAACAGUGGCAGCAGGUUCUCCCUGUCCUGGUGAAGCACUUGGCGUCGUCGAACUUCGUCGUCUACACCUACGCUGCCAUUGCCUUGGAGCGAGUACUUUUCCUCACUGACAGCCAAGGACAGGCAGUCAUUCCACCCACUGAUAUUACACCGCUUGCCAAGGAUCUUCUUGAGCACAUCUUCCAGCUGAUCCAGAGUAAUCCGGCUCCUGAAAAGGUGCAAGAGAAUGAGUUCUUGAUGCGUUGCGUGAUGCGGGUUUUGGUUGUUAUCAAGGAGGGCGUGGUGCCUUUCACCGAUCUCGUACUCCAGCGCUUCAUUAGCAUCACCAAUAUCAUCAGCGCGAACCCAAGUAACCCCCGAUUCUACUACUUCCACUUCGAAGCUAUGGGCGCCUUCAUCCGAUUUGCUGCUCCUUCCAAUCCCGACAAGCUCGAGCAGGCUCUUUAUGCGCCCUUUGCAGCUAUCCUGCAGAAUGACGUGCAGGAAUUCAUGCCCUACGUUUUCCAGCUCUUCGCGGCGCUGCUCGAGGCCAACCCAUCCGGUACCCUUCCCACCUACUACCAGGAGCUUAUUGGCCCUAUCCUGAUGCCCGUUAUGUGGGACUCGAAGGGAAAUAUUCCUGCCUUGGUCCGGCUACUUUCCUCGAUCAUUCCGCGUGGUUCGCAGUUCAUCAUUGAACACAACCAGAUCGAGCCCAUCCUUGGUAUCUUCCAGAAGCUAGUUUCUACCAAGGCUAAUGAGAGCUUUGGCUUUGAUCUCUUGGAGACAGUUGUUGCUAACUUCCCACCAACUGCCCUUGAGAAUUACUUUGUCAUGAUCAUGCAGAUCAUUCUUCAACGUCUGCAGAACUCCAAGACAGAGAACCUGACUAUGCGCUUUAUUCGCUUCUUCCACUUCAUCUCGGCACUGGACAACAAGGGCUACAGCGCAGACUUCGUCAUCCAGGUCACCGACAAGGUGCAAGAGGGACUAUUCACCCCCAUCUAUGUCAACGUCAUCCUGCCUGAAACUCAGAAACUUGCCCGGCCUUUGGAUCGCAAGACGGCUAUCGUCUCCUUCACCAAAACCCUUGCCAACUCGGAGGCCUUUGCCACUCGGUACAGCCAGAAGGGAUGGGGCUUUACCUGCACCGCCUUGCUCAAGCUCCUGGAGCUUCCGCCGCUGCCCGCAAGCAGAGAUGAUCUCAUUAAUGAUGCAGACAUCGAAGACAUGUCCUUCGGUGUUGGGUUCACUCCUCUGAACACCAUCCGUGCCCAGCAGAAGGACCCGUGGCCCGAGACUGGUGCCGACCUCAAGGCUUGGGUGGGCUCUUACCUGAAGGAGGCCGAUAAGAAACAGAAUGGCCGUAUUUCCCAAUUCGCUCAGGAGCGCCUUGACGACCAGUCGAAGACUGUGCUGGCAAGUUACAUUUCUUAG